AUGCCCCUUCGUGUAACCACCCUGGCCCUUUUCUUUCUUUUCUUCCUCUCCUUCCCCAGUAGGCAGCAACUAGAAGGUGGAAACAUGUCCGUCGAGUCCACCAUGCGGUAUUUCGUGUCGAACUACCUCUCCUACGCGGUCGUGGUGGGGGCGUCGAUUUUGAAGGUGCCACAGAUUCUCAAGGUGUGGCAGAACAACAAAGCAGCCGGCAUCUCGUUGCUCUCGCUCUUCAUGGAGUUGCUCUCGUACAUUAUUUCCACCAGCUGGGGCGUCGUCCGGGGACUGCCGUUUCGUGACUACGGCGAGAACUUUUUUAUCACGGUGCAGCUCAUUGUGCUUCUGCUGCUCGUGGCGAGGCUGCAGAAGGCGACGCGUAGGGCGAGCCUUGUGCUGGCGACCGAGCUGCUGGUGCUGUACAUGUUUGCUAGCGGGCAGGUGCCGCGCACCAUCCACGAGUGUGCGCUGAACGGACAAGUUUUCUUCAACAUGUUCAGCCGCGUGCCGCAGAUUUACACGAAUUAUCAAACCCGGUGCCGAGGUCAGCUCUCUUUUCUCACCUUCUUCUUAGCUUUCGGUGGUGGUGUUGUGCGCAUUAUGACAACUGCCCUGAACGUGCCGUGGGAGAAGGGCAAGAUAGUGAUGCUGAUUCAGUUUAGCGUUGCUGCCGCCCUCAACGCCAUCAUUCUAGCCCAAAUGCUCUACUACGGCAUCGCAGGCCGGAAGAGCGAGAGGGAAAAUCGGCGCCGCACAGAGGCGAAGUCGCUGAAGCACCAGUGA